AUGAUUUUUCUCAGUCAUUUUGAGCAGGAUGUGUUUCCUUCUUGGAACUCUGCCUCAGCUAGCAGUCUGAGGACUGAGCAACACCAGCAAAGAAAGUCACAUCAUGGUGACAUCAGUCGAGAAGCUGUAGAGAAAUACCUCGAGGAAAACCCUCACUUUGCCAAGGAGUACUUUAAUAAGAAGCUGCGGGUGGAGGUACUGAGAGAAAUCUUCCAGAACUGUCCAUUGUCUGCAGAGACCAGUGCCUCCUUCGCUGAGCUGAAGGCAGAGGAGGCCUCCGUGUGCUUGGAGCUGCUAGGGAUGGUGCAGGAGGAGCUGGUGGCUCACAGGGUCCUUCAGAGGCUGACCCAGCUGCUGCAGGCAGACCGCUGCAGCCUGUUCAUAUGCCGCGUCUGCAAUGGUACACCCGAGGUGGCCUCUAGGCUGCUGAAUGUCACCCCAACCUCCAUGUUUGAGGACAACCUCGUGGUUCCCAAUAGAGAAGUUGUAUUUCCACUGGACGUUGGGAUUGUGGGCUGGGUUGCUCACACAAAGAAAGCCCUUAAUGUCCCAGAUGUCAAAAAGAACAGUCAUUUUUCAGACUACACGGACAAGCAGACUGGAUACAUCACUAAGAACCUGCUAGCAACCCCAAUAGUGAUGGGCAAGGAGGUUCUUGCUGUGGUUAUGGUACUUAACAAAGUAAACGCAUCUACAUUUCUCAAGUAGGAUGAAGAGGUGUUUUCCAAAUACCUCAAUUUUGUUUCUAUCAUCCUAAAACUUCAUCAUACCAACUACCUGUGCAGUGUUGAAUCCCGCAGAAGCCAGAUCCUUAUGUGGUCAGCCAAUAAAGUAUUUGAAAAGCUUACAGAUGUUGAACGACAGUUUCACAAAGCCCACUACACAGUUAGAACAUACCUCAACUGUGAUUGGUAUUCUAUUGGACUGCUGGACAUGAGCAAAGAGAAGGAAUUCUAUGAUGAAUGGCCAGUCAAGCUUGGAGAAGUCGAAACUUAUGAAGGCCCAAAGACACCAGAUGGCCGAGAAAUCAUCUUGUUUAAAAUCACUGAUUACAUUUUACACGGAACAGAAGAGAUCAAAGUGAUUCCUACACCUCCUGCAGACCACUGGACUCUUGUUAGUGGGUUGCUUACUUAUGUUGCUGAAAAUGGAUUUAUUUGUAACAUGCUGAAUGCCCCAGCAACAGACGAAUACUUCACUUUUCAGAAAGGACCUGUAGAUGAAACUGGCUGGAUCAUUAAAAAUGUCCUGUCCCUGCCAAUUGUCAACAAGAAAGACAACAUAGUAGGAGUAGCUACGUUUUACAACAGGAAAGAUGGAAAACCUUUUGACGAAUAUGCCGAACACAUUACUGAGACUCUCACACAAUUUCUUGGAUGGUCUUUUUUAAAUACUGACACCUAUGAGAGAAUGAAUAAACUAGAAAGCAGAAAAGGCAUUGCUCAAGAAAUGCUCAUGAACCAGACCAAAGCCACUCCUGAUGAAAUUAAAUCUAUACUGGAAAGUGGGGAAUUCAGUCCUAAAUUUAAAGAGAAGCUAAAUAUAGAUGUAAUUGAAGGCUGUGAAGAAAAACACCUUGUCACAAUUUUAAAAAAGGCCUUGCCAGACCCAAACAAAGAAGAACUGUAUGAAUUCUGCUGUAGUGACUUCACCAUUACUGAGCAUGGAUUGAUUAAGUGUGGCCUACGACUAUUCUUUGAAAUAAAUGUGGUGGAGAAAUUCAAAGUGCCCCUAGAGGUUCUCACCAGAUGGAUGUACACUGUGAGAAAAGGGUGCCGCUCCGUCACAUACCACAACUGGAGGCACAGAUUCAGUGUGGGACAGACCAUGUUCGCUUUGCUGAUGUAUGGCUUUCCCAAUCUUCAUCAGGAAAGGGUGGAGACAGGGUCCACAUCUCCCCUGGCAAAGCUUCAUGGAUCUUCCAUUUUGGAGAGGUACCACUUGGAGUACAGUAAGACUGUGCUGUAGGAUGAGACUUUAAACAUCUCCCAGAACCCAAAUAAAUGCCAGUUUGAAACAGUCAUUCAUUUGUUUGAAGUUGCAAUAAUAGCAACUGAUCUGGCUUUAUAUUUCAAAAAGAGAACCAUGUUUCAAAACAUUGUUGAUGCCUGUGUAAAAAUGGAGACUGAAGAACAGGUCAUCAAUUAUGUUAGCACUGAUCCAACCAAAAAAGAGAUUAUCAUGGCAAUGAUGAUGACAGCAUGUGACUUGUCUGCUAUAACCAAGCCCUGGGAGGUACAAAGCCAAGUAGCCUUUCUGGUUGCAAGUGAAUUUUGGGAGCAAGGAGAUCUGGAGAGAACAGUGCUACAGCAACAACCUAUUCCUAUGAUGGACAGAAACAAAAAAGACGAGCUACCUAAACUUCAAGUUGGAUUUAUUGACUUUGUUUGUACUUUUGUAUAUAAGGAGUUCUCACGGUUUCACAAAGAAAUCACACCCAUGCUGAAUGGUCUUCAAAAUAACAGAAUGGAAUGGCAAUCCCUAGCUGAUGAAUAUGAGGAAAAGAAGAAGGUAAUUGAAGAGGAGGUGAAAAAGCAGGAAGAAGAAAACACAAUAAAAAAAGCUGCAGAAGGUUCAGGACAAGAUGGUGUCGACAGAAAGUCCACAACAUGUCUAAUGUUAGAAUAUUAUCCAAUGGGUCUAAAUUUCUAA